GUGUGGUAGCUCUUGACCUCCCACCCAACUUUAAUGCUCCUCUCUUCCCAUCUUCUCCCUCUUCCUAUAAAUGCUCCUCCUGCUACUCCAUAGUUUCAAGCACUCCCUCUCAUCAGAAUAUUUCACAAUCACCAUCACAACUCUGCGCACACAAUCCCUGUGAAAAUGUUGAACAGUUGCCAAGUAAUGAAGAGGUGGUUCUACACCACUGUGCACUGUGUAUGCAGACAACUGACCGGUUCUCAAUCUGGGGUAGCCGUCUGGGUGCUGAAGAAAUUUGCUGUGGCUCUUCUCACCUGCAUUUUUGCUUUAGGUGGGGCUGCAAUAGGCGCAGUUACUGGAGCAAUCAAAGGGCAGACUACAGAGACUGGUUUUGUUCGUGGGUUCGGCGUUGGGGCAGUGGCUGGGGCCGUCACAGGCGUCCAAUUGAUGGAGCUCAUGGCAAAUGGGGAGCCAUUUUCCAAGGUAGCUUUGAUAUGUAGUCUGCUAAACGGGAAGAUAUUCAUGGAAUGGGUGAGUCCUGCGGUGCUAAAAGCUUAUCAGUGGCAGGUUAGCACUACGGAGACGAGCUUGAGGGAAAUGUCCGACAUUUUUGAGGUCACUACAGUGAGGGGAUUAUCUCAAGAUACAAUUGAAGAGUUGCCGGUAUAUCAGUUCUGGAAUGCUCAGAAUAAUGCAUCAUGCUCAGAAGCUACUUGCGCAAUUUGCUUACAGGAUUUGGAGGAUGGGGAAUCAGCAAGGUUGCUGCCAAGUUGUAAGCAUUUCUUCCACCUUCAUUGCAUAGAUCAAUGGCUUACCAGACAAGGAAACUGCCCAAUAUGCAGAAAAGAUGUCUGAUAGGAGUUGGAGACGACUGAUGAAUUUGAACAAAUCCCAGUCCUAAAAAGAUAUGAAGAGAGGAGAAAUUAAGGAACCGAAAGAAAAGCAGAGGAAAUGCCGCAACCGUCUCUGAUAUGGAUUAAAAAUAUCUUUGUAAUAGCCCCAAGUCUCAGUGCUAUAUAUCUAUAUUGUACAGGUGAAACUUUGCAAAAUCUACAUGAUGUCCAUAGAGAAAGGGGACCUCUCUUCUGUAAGAUGUCAUCUGUAUGCGUAUAAAAAUUUCCGUUUGAAUU